UCAUAUAAGGUGGUUUGGAAACGCGUCAUUUCAGGUGGUUCUAAUUGUUGAUACCAUGGCCCUAAAAAUUGGAUCCAUUUUUCACUCACCGGUGUAACUGAGCGAUGUAUAUUCAAACUUCACAAAAUUAAUUCAUCAUUUUUGUAUCUUGAACGUAAAGCAGAAAGUCACCAAUUGAAUCAUACAACUUUGACUCUUACAGCAGGAUUGUUCCCGAGUACGAUGCCCCGCUGUGGUUUCUGAAAGAUCUCGUCCUGAGUAUUGAUAGUCAAUGGAAUGUAAAUCUUGUUGUUUCAGAGUUUUUAUUUUUAAUCAUCUGUUGUGAAAACUUUUCUGUUAUUUCAGAAAUCGAGACAAUCAUUUAUCAUCUGCGUAUGUAAAUUAAUCUCAAACUUCCCACGCAUCUCCGAAGGUAAAUCCGGAAAUGAUUUCCCUAGUUUUGACCUGUUGAGUUAUCGUUUAUGACAUUAACUGCGGUCGGUAUGCGCCACUAAGUCCUAGGGUGUCAGGAGCUGCUAGUUGAUAAAACUGGUUACUGGUACAGUGAGAGGAUGCAAGCUUGUAGGACCCUGCUACGGAAGCUCGAUGAGGACAUCUACUGGCUUUGUGCGUCGGUAUUUCCAACUGCAUCAGCGUCGGUAUACACUAUCGGGUGUAACAAAUGGCGUAACUAUACGAUGCCGACAUAUCGCCGUUAGUGUAUGUCGGCGCUAAUGUAGUUUGAAACGCCGACACACAGAGUCAGUCGAGUACUCCGUGCUAUUGGCUACCAACGCACAACGCCACUGUCUCGAUUUCAGACCACUACAGUGAUGACUCGAAAGCAUUAAAGUGUCAGUGAGGUUAUGUUAUGGUUAUGUUUAGUGAGACUGAUAAUUCAGUUAUUUGGGUCAAAGAUAUUCGCGGAAAAUGUUUCGUGUACGUACUGCGUUAAUAAAUCUAUUCAUAUUGGAUCAAUUUAUAUCUGAAAAGGUUUUAUGAACAGGUUUCCAUCCUUGAGAAUCGACGAAUCUAAAAACUAUGUACACUCGAGGUUAACAUGACAGAGUUAAUUCUGCUGUAGAAAAUACGAUCGAACAAUAAAAUAUCAUCAACUGAUGUGACGACAUCAUUCAGCAUCGAAGUGUUGCACCCUCCAAUAUCAUUUGCAAGGUUAGCGUGCAACUCGGCAGCGGCGUCAAAUUUGCUUAAACAUAAACACCUCGCAUUCAAGCAUGGCCGCCAUGGAAGCCAUGUUUUUUUAAGCGCAUGCCCAUUAACUACGAGUAUAAUAUACCAACCCAUAAAAUAUUGGUAAGUCAAAGUUUAAUAUUAAAAACUAUGCCCGAAAUAAUUUUUUCGCAUUCGGUAACAUAAUCGAUGAUGAAUUUUUGUAAAUAAUCGAUAAAACAGGUACCAUUAUUAACAUUGGUAAAAUAAGAAGUAGAAAGUGGGCGGAGCCUGCGCGGCUGUCAUCAAAGAGCGUCAGUGCGCGACGUGAGCCACUUGUCUCGUGAUAUAUUUCUAGUUUAUGUUUUAAACUUUUCUGUAACGUUAAAAUCUCGUUGAUAUUUUUCGGUGUUGCGCGACGUUCCUAAGGUAGAAAUCAUCUUCAAAACCGUUCUAUUUGUUGGAUUAAUUUGGUUGAAGCGGGAACUAAAAACGCGCAUGGGCUAGCAAACAAGUGGGAGAGAGAUGUCCCGUAUCGAAGGACAGACUGUAAAUUCCACGUUCUGAUUGGCGGGAACGGUUAUGGCUGGCGCACGCACACACGUCGACACAGGGCCAAACCUAGGUUUACACUAAUCUGAAGUCAGAUUGCUACGGACAGAACUGAGAAACACGGGCCGCGCGUUGCCUUGUAAGGCACAGAGUUAUGCCAUUCGAAUGGCAACAGUUUAAAAUCGGCCUAAGCUUAUUGCGAAGCGUAAUAAUAAAUUGACAAGAGAUAAACGACAGUAAUAAUAAUCAUAGUAUUAAGAACAAUAGUAACACCAUACAUAAAAAGAAAAUAAAUAAAUAUUUAUAGGAUAACUGUAAUAAAAUAACGAGAAACAUGACUAAAACCGUGUAUACGUAAAAAAAUAAUUGACAAUCCGUCAACUAGACGCUAUCUCAUACCGCAAGAAAAAUAAAGUAACUUAGGUACUUUUCAAUAAAUAACAAAAUAUCUAUAAUAUAUAUAUAUAUAUAUAUAUAUGUAUAUAUAUAUAUAUCGAAAGAAAUAAAUCUAAAGACAGACUAUUAUACUACUGUUAUGUGCUACUCUAUUCGUGCGUCUAUAAAUAGUUUUACACACAUGCAUGUUAUACGAAAGAAUGAUUUUUAAAUAGCGUAUAUAAAGCCGUAUGUUUGAAAAUCAUAACUAUUAUUAUAUUACUAUCAAUCAUAGUGACGAAUAUAUAUUUUUACAAAUAUCGUAUUAGUGGAUGAAAGUUGGAAGGGUAGCAUGUUAUACAUAGAUUUUUAUGUAUGUACGUGUAAUUUAGUAAACACGUGUUGAGAAGAAUAUAUUCGACAUAAAAUAUUACCCGUAAAGUGCGCGGGAUUCAAGAAAGGCAGCAGAUAAAACUAUAAUCAUAACAACAACAACAACAACAACACUAAUACAAGUUGUGAUAAAUGAAGAGGUGGUGAUAUAAUCGAAACUAAAUUGAUGUACGUAAAUUAGUGUUAUUGUUCGCACAAGACAACACGAAAAAAAUAACAAUCGUUUGGUGCUGCAACGGGCGACGGAAGGAUAACUGAGAGGAGUUUUGUGGUUUCGGUUGAUGGAUGAAACUGGAAGAAUGUUGCAACACGGUGGUUCAGGUGUGGGUCUGAUGGGGGGAAACCAAGGGCAAGGGGCCCAAAAUGCAGGGGGUUAUGGAAGCAUGGGACCGGUUGAUGGAAGCGCGGCCCAGGGCCCUGACCAGAAUGUUGAGGCCAGAAAACAGGACAUCGGCGAAAUAUUGCAGCAAAUUAUGAAUAUAACGGACCAAAGUUUGGACGAAGCACAAGCCAGAAAACACACCCUCAAUUGCCAUAGAAUGAAACCGGCACUAUUCUCGGUCUUGUGCGAAAUCAAAGAAAAAACCGUCUUGUCGCUGCGCAACACACAGGAAGAAGAACCUCCCGAUCCUCAGUUGAUGCGUUUGGACAACAUGUUGAUCGCAGAGGGCGUAGCUGGACCCGAAAAAGGAGGUGGUGCUGGUGCCGCAGCGUCUGCGUCUGCUGCUGCUGCGGCUGGACCACCCGGACAACCUGAUAACGCUAUUGAACACUCCGACUACAGAGCGAAGUUGGCUCAAAUAAGGCAAAUUUAUCACCAGGAACUCGAAAAAUACGAACAGGCGUGUAACGAAUUCACGACGCACGUUAUGAAUUUAUUGAGAGAACAAAGUCGAACCAGGCCAAUAACGCCGAAGGAAAUUGAAAGGAUGGUCCAGAUCAUUCAUAAGAAAUUUUCGAGUAUCCAGAUGCAGUUAAAACAAUCCACGUGCGAAGCAGUCAUGAUCCUGAGAAGUCGAUUUCUCGAUGCGAGACGCAAGCGACGAAACUUCAGCAAACAAGCCUCUGAAAUUCUGAACGAAUACUUUUAUUCACACCUCAGCAAUCCCUAUCCCAGUGAAGAAGCUAAGGAAGAAUUGGCGCGGAAGUGCGGGAUUACGGUUAGUCAGGUGUCCAAUUGGUUCGGAAACAAGAGAAUAAGAUACAAAAAGAACAUUGGCAAGGCGCAAGAGGAAGCGAACCUCUACGCAGCUAAAAAAGCAGCUGCAGCUUUUGCAGGAGCAUCGCCGUACAGCAUGGGGGGAGCCAGCCAGGGUACACCAACACCUAUGAUGUCACCUGCACCACCUGGAGGACCUCAAGACAUGGCUGGUUAUGGUAUGGGCAUCAAUGGCAGUGAUUAUGGGUCUCAACCGUACAAUGAUGGUUCGAUGGGAUACGACCCCAUGCAUCAGUGAUGCGACGCAGCUUAAAUAAUCAACAGUAGAAGCGUGCCAGAAGAAUCUCCUCUGUUGCAACAAGCACAUGUUUAAAUUAAAUAUGGUCAACUUUGGACGAUUGAUUGAUGCAUAGAUUACAAAACUAUCCAGAGGCAAUAAGCCUCUCGGUUAAAUAAAUAGUGCAAGAGCAUUCAACUAAUUUCUAGUUCAAGCUGAGAUGUCAGUUUUUAAGCCUACCAUGAAUAUAGAUAUACAACCGUAUGAAUAUUAUGCAAUACUUAUCGAUAUUGUGUUGUAGACACUAGAAAGCCUGACAAUUUUCUUCAAUAUUUUAUACGUGAAAAAUAAUUUCUUAGUUUUAUAUACAUGAUUAUCAUUCAGUAGUUGUCAUCUCACUAAAAAUGAUAUGUCAAAAAACAUUUUGAUUUUAAUUGAAAUGUAUUGGUGGACUCUUGAGAGUUGUCAUCGUCAUAUUUUAUUCAAUAUACGUGUAUAAAAUACAUUUAGAAUCAAUGAAGUUGGCUGUUCGGAAGAAAGUCUACGUUCGAAGUGCAAUAAGAAUUUAGUAUUGGGUUCUAGACCUAGAAUAUUGGACUCGAAAUUCAAACUUAGAAUUAGGCAGCUAUUUAGCGGCAGCUAUGAACAGGUUUUGUACAUAUUGGCUAACGGCUUUGAUACUUAACCAGUGGAUAUCAUUAGCAUAUUUCAGAUAGUUGGUUUUUUGUUUAGAUAUUAGAUAGAUAUAUCGCGUGUCUGUAAGCAUGCAUGGUUGCAUGUAGAAUCAUUACUGGUACAAGUAUUUCAUUUUGAAGUCUAUCUGAUAACCUGGGAUUAGAAGUCGGAACUUUGCAAUGAUGACUAUGUCGAGAACCAGAUUUGUCUACAAAUAUGCCGAGAAUUAUUAAUAUAGCGAAUUAAUUCAUAAUCAAGAUUAUAACACAGUGCAAUUUUCAAAUACCACACUGAUGUGUAGAAUUUGAUCUAUUUUAAUGUUUUCCAUCAAAUCCUCAAUAUUCUCAAUACUUGUGAUAAUAGUCUUUUUGUUCAUUGUAAAUUCUAAAACAUUAGCUACUCCAAGAAACUCAUCCUAUUUAUUUAUAUCUUUUUUUCUUAUGAUUUCAAUUUUUUGGUUUUUGAUGGGCGAAUCUACUCACUAAAUCAAAACUCAUGGUCAAGUCGAUACUUUGUCUUCAAUUCACCAUACUUCUUUAUCAAGUUGAAAUUGAAUGUACUGGUCAAGAUGACCAGAUAAUACAAAUACUUUCCAUGUCAUAUUCAUGUUCGGUUCUCGUGUUGUCAUCAAGAACAUUCAAAUAUUUUAUCGAAAUGAUUUCAGAAUGAUAUUACAUUGAAAAUUUUGGGAAAAUGCUUAGAUUGAUUGCAUACUGUAGUAAACAUAGUGUUAUUGUAGAGAUUUUGGGACUGAUUCGGCAAUAACUUUUCAAAAAUGGCCUUUGUUGGUAAAAAGGGAAAAAGGAAAGAAAAUAAGACAAGGGGUAGUUGAAACAGAGGGAUAAAUGAAUGAAUCGAAUCACGCAGGGCAAGGCAAUGGCUGGGGGAGGAGCAGGUUGGAUGCCACAGCGCGAGGCUGUUCCAGAAUUUCCACCACUCCACGAUUCCGCGGACUCUGAUUCCGACAGGGAAAAUGAGAAACGUCCCAGAGUGUAAUCGAUCCAAACUAGAUCGUCUCUCUAUUUGAAAAAAAAAAAAGAAAACAGAACUAAACAAUUUUCAAAGACUUCAAAACAAUCUGAACAAACCAGGAAAUCUACACGCAGAUUUGUAGCCAAGAAAAGCUUUGAGAUUGUUUUGAAGAAUCCAGACGGAAUCUAUGCUUGUUCGUUCAGUUACCUGAUGACGAAUAUUUAAAUAUUCACAAGAUAAAAUUGAAAUUGAUAACGUCAUUCAUAUCACUUACAAUUUGGCAUAAAGAUUUAUUACUCGAUCCCUGUAUGGGAUAAUUCUUCCACCCAUCGUCUGUAUUUGUAUAGACUAGGCAAGCAUUAUUUCACUUACCUUAUCUAUUUGCUUAACCCGGCGACUGUUUGUGGUUUGAGAAUAUUUUCUCAAUUCUUGUGGACUGAUGUCUUAGGUAUUCAAGCAAUGCCAUGACCUUCAGGAUUCUUCAAAAAAUUUUGAGCAUGUAGUUUUUGGAAUAUUUCUAAAUGCAGAAUGACUGUGACAAGUUAUUACAUGAAAAGUUGCUCGCAAAAUCUUCUUAUUGUAGCCUAAUGCAAUCUUAGAUAUACAAUGAUGUAUACCUGAUAAAAAAAUCUUUUACAAGAAAUGGAGGCCUAUCACAGACCCAUACCCUGCAAUAACUUUACUCACCCACUGCACUACAUCUUGCCUUAAUGCAUAUGAUAUACUGAACAAAUCCGUAAAAAUACAAUAGAUUUGUUUUAAAGACGACAUAGCAUAAUUCAAUUUGUCCAAUAAUGAAGAGCAUCACGUAUGGAUUAGUUACUAUUAUGCUAGAUACUAGGGAAUAUGAACUUAUUAUGAAAUCAUUGUUUCUAAUUGUUAUUAUUAUACAUUAUAAUUUGUAUGCUAGCGAAUGCUUAUGUCACGUAUGUGAAUUAUGUUUCAAGUUUACUCUGUUUUACUAUUACGAGUUGAUGUUUGAAUUUUCUUUUAGUUAUUUUUGUUCCGUCGCGAUAUCAGUCCACCAUAAGAAGAUCUCCCAUCUCGCGAUGCCUAGAAAUUAAUGAAAAUUUCUGGAGACUUUUUAUUGUCCAUGCGGCUGAGAGUUGAACAGACUUUGAAUUAUGUUGGAAAAUUGUGUGCAUGAUUGUACAAAGAGAAAAGAAGAGAAAUUCAUUAUGAUUACGAGCAAUGAAUUUAUGAUCGUCAAAAUUAAAUUGUUUUGUUACUUUAAUUUUGAUUGCGCUUGCCUAUCAUUAGUUAGCCGUAUAAAUACCCUAUCACCUUCUAGAGUCGUUGUGAUUAUCGAAAUUUGAGUAAUUUAAGUGAUUGAAUAAAUAAAUGAUGAACGUUAUUUAUUUAUAAGACAAUGGGGUACAUGGGCCAAAUGCUGUUUGAUUUCAGGAGCUGUCGCCCUGAAAUCCUUAGAAGAUACAGGAUAAUAAAAUUGAAAAAAAAACCUAUCAAAAUUUGAUCACCAUACUAUCUGUGGUCCGACGCUUGCCCCAGAGCGAGUAUACGAACAAUAUAAUAUACUGAUUAACUUUAUGUAAACCCCAAUUUGGAGACUAUAGUUGAGAGAUGACUGCUGGGUAUCAGGAAGAGGCACUUAAUCCUUCCUGCGAUCUAGCGAUGUUCUUUUAUCUAUUUCCCUUGCCCUAACGAAGCAAUGCCCUGCAACACACUGAUGUAUACGAUUUUUCAACAUGAAAAUUAUAUAUUAAUAAAUAUAAAGAUAGUCUUUAGGCAUCUAUAACGUUAAGGUCAUCAUUAUAUAUUAUGAUUAUGAAUUUUUGCAUUAUUAAUUAGUUGAAAUCAUUGCGAUAUUGAUUAUUAUUAAUUGAUUAUGAUUAUUGAAUAUGAUAUAUUUAGAUUCUAGGCAAAAUAUCUCUUCAAUUGUAUAAAAUAUUAUAAAAACUACGAACGAUUAGGUAUAACACUGUUAUAACACGUCGCUGGAAGUACUAUCGGCUAAAUAAUUCAUUAAAUGAAAUAUUUUUAUCCUUCUACUGUUUAUGUAUUUAACAAAAAUAUAUCUGUUUUAGAUUUUAGAGUUUUUUCUUUUUUUCUUGUAGUAUCAGUUAAAAGUUUUAAUUCACGUCUGACACUGUAUUCAAAUGUGUCAAAUUAUCAUCAGUCGCUGCGUCGUGCUAAUUUUAUAGUACACAAUUCGGAAUUAUUCUGUUCAAUCAUUCAACAUUCUAGUUUGAAGUGGUAGAAAGUGUAGAGUUGAUUUUAGCCGAUUCUUCUACCUGUUGCGACCAGUACAAGUGCGCUUCGCACAGCUAGUAUACGACAAAAGAGCCAACCGCGCACUUAAAGUGCACUUUUGGAACUAUGCAUUACCUAACAUAAAAAAAAAAGAAUUAAAUAACGAAAAGAAGAAAAAAAUGACUAACAUUUACGAAUACACAUAUAAAACAUUAUAUUCAUAUUCCUCAUCAGAAUCGCAUAAUAAACAAUAAAAGAAUUGUGCUGUAAUACAUUUAGGAAUUUGAUUGUAAGCUAUACAAUUGAAAACCAUUUCAACGUCUAGACCUAAAAAAAAGAAUUGUUUUUUUUACACUGCUGUAUUGUUUCGACAUGAAUCAAUUUUUCAACUUCUAUUCAAUUACUUGGUAUAUUCUGAUUUCUAUUCUAAAUUCAGCAGUGUGAUAAUAUCACCCAGGGUAAUGCAAGUAAAAGAUUCAAAAUUUUUUUUUUUUUUUUCAAUAAAGACAUAGUUUUUAACAUCUACUUUCAACUCUGGACGUUGCAAUGGUAUCGAAAACAAAACAACGGUAUACCAGAAAAUCAUUGUAUCAA